UCAAUCUGUCCACUUGAGAAGAAUGUUGCUGAAACGAGGCAAGAAGCGCACGAGAACCUUCCACAGUGACAUAGCCUGUCGGCCGCUUACAUCCACGCUGCUGUUUGGCCGUUUGCUCGGCUGUGUCGUCGGGGAAGGCGGUCGGAGGGAGAACCCGGAGUUCCGUCCAGGACCCAGAUAGACACAGGGAGACCAGAGGAAGUCGGAAGAACCACCGACUUUGAAGGAGUCACACGACUGUGAAGCACCCUGCAGAAAUCCAAAAAGAGUGACACGCAAUUAUCUCGUCCCAUCAGCAUCGGCGUGUAAAACGCACCUGGAGAUGCUGCUCAGCAGAGCCUUCCGCCGCCUCUGGCGCUCCAACAGCAACCUCUUCUCGGGUCUGAAACAAGCAUCGAUGCAAAACGCUUUGCGUGUCUAAUUUGUCUCUCACCUUUGUGUCAU